CUAGUGCUGGGUUUGGUGGCCAAAGCCCCCAUCCUAGGCCAGUAUGUCCCUGCAGAGGAUUGUGCGUGUGUCCCUGGAACACCCCACCAGCGCUGUGUGUGUGGCAGGUGUUGAGACCAUCGUGGACAUUUAUGGGUCGGUUCCCGAGGGCACAGCCAUGUUUGAGGUCUAUGGGACACCCGGUGUGGACAUCUACGUGUCCCCCAGCAUCGAGAGGAGCCGAGAGCGAGCUGACACCAGGCGGUGGUGUUUCAACGAGGGACUGGAAAUCAUCGUGGUCAUGAACUCCCCUAGCAAUCACCUCAACGACAGUCAUGUUCAGAUAGCCUACCACUCCAGCCACGAGCAGUUGCCCUUGGCCUAUGCGGUACUCUACCUCACCUGUGUGGACAUCACCCUGGAGUGUGACAUGAAUUGUGAGGGCCGACGGGACAGGAGCUUCGUGGAUAAGGGACAGUGGGUGUGGGGCCCUGACGGGUAUGGAGCCAUCUUGCUGGUGAACUGUGAUCGGGAUGAUGUGGGCUGUGAUGCCCAAGAUAACUGUGACCACCAUGUGAGCUGCCUGCAAGAUCUGGAAGACAUGUCCAUCAUGGUCCUACGGACCCAGGGACCUGAAGCCCUCUUUGACGACCACAAACUUAUCCUCCACACCUCCAGCUAUGAUGCAGAAAGGGCACGGGUCUUCCACGUCUAUGGUCCAGAGGAUUCCUGUGAGGCCUACAAGUGUGUUCUGGGCCCAGACAGGAUGUCCUACGAGGUACCCCGCCUCAACGGUGAUGAGGAACGCUUCUUUGUGGAGGGCCUCUCCUUCCCUGAUGCAGGCUUCCCAGGGCUCAUCUCCUUCCAUGUCACCCUGCUGGAUGACUCCAAUGAGGAUUUCUCCGAGACCCCAAUCUUCACGGACACUGUGGUGUUCCGGGUGGCACCCUGGAUCAUGACACCCAGCACCCUGCCGCCCCUGGAGGUGUACGUUUGCAGGGUGAGGAAUAACAUGUGUUUUGUGGAGGCCGUGGAGGAGCUGGCCAGGAAGGCAGGUUGCAAACUCACCAUCUGUCCUCAGGCAGAGAAUCGCAAUGACCGUUGGAUCCAGGAUGAGAUGGAGCUGGGCUACGUGCAGGCACCACACAAGACCAUGCCCGUGGUCUUUGAUUCCCCGAGGAAUGGGGAACUGCAGGGCUUCCCAUACAAACGGAUCCUGGGUCUAGAUUUUGGCUAUGUGACUCGGGAACCUCGAGACAGCUCUGUGAGUGGCCUGGACUCCUUCGGCAACCUGGAGGUCAGCCCACCGGUGGUGGCCAAUGGGAAGGAGUACCCCUUGGGGAGGAUCCUCAUUGGGGGCAACCUGCCUGGCUCCAGAGGUCGUAGAGUCACCCGGGUGGUGCGAGACUUCCUCCGUGCCCAGAAGGUGCAGCCCCUGGUGGAGCUCUUUGUGGACUGGCUGGCUGUGGGCCAUGUGGAUGAGUUUCUGAGUUUUGUCCCUGCACCAGACAGGAAGGGCUUCCGGCUCCUUCUGGCCAGUCCCAGUGCCUGCUUCAAGCUGUUCCAGGAGAAGCAGAAGUGGGGCCAUGGAAGGUCCCUCCUUUUUGAGGGGGUCAUUGGUGACAGGCGGGUCAAGACCAUCUCCAUCAAUCAGGUCCUUUCCAACCAGAACCUUAUCAACUUUAAUAAGUUUGCACAGAGCUGUAUUGACUGGAACCGUGAGGUGCUGAAGAGGGAACUAGGCCUGGCUGACUGUGACAUCAUUGACAUCCCGCAGCUCUUCAAGACGGAGAGGAGGAAGGCCGUGGCUUUCUUCCCCGACCUGGUGAACAUGCUGGUGCUGGGCAAGUACCUGGGCAUCCCCAAGCCCUUCGGCCCCAUCAUUAACGGCCGCUGCUGCCUAGAGGAGAAGGUGCGCUCCCUGCUGGAGCCGCUGGGCCUACACUGCACCUUCAUCGAUGACUUCACACCAUACCACAUGCUGCACGGAGAAGUUCACUGUGGCACCAAUGUGCGCCGGGAGCCCUUUGCCUUCAAGUGGUGGCAUAUGAUACCCUGAGCCACCACCCGUCCCUC